AAAACAAUUAUUUUGUUCAAUUUUUCUCCCUAUUUGAUGUAGUCACCUUGAUGAAACUCUACCACCGGCGAUUCAUCUUUAUACUGUCACUAUAUUCAAGUCCAAUUCAACCUUCAACAAAGUUCAUCCUUCUCAAUAACAAUGGCGGAAGCAAAAUCAAUCCAUGACAAACAAAAACAACAAGAAUCAGAAGAAUUUGAAGAUGAAGAUGAAGAUUACUUGGGAGACCUUUCCAAGUUUCUUCCUUCAGAACCCUCUCAACUCUCAAAACCCAAAAAACUUCCCCCAAAAACUACUCAAUAUUCUUCUGAACAAUCUCUAAAGAAGAAACCCAAAUUCCACAACUGGCAGGAACAGAAAAGGAUCGAAAAAGAGAGGAAGCAACAACUAGAAGAUGAGAAAACCCUAGAAAAUUUACAAUCAGCAAUCCCCCAAUCCAAUAUUGGGUUUAAAUUGUUGAAGCAAAUGGGGUAUACCCCAGGAAAAGGGUUGGGUAAGGAAGGCUCCGUGGGCCGAGAGGAGCCUAUUGGGCUUCAGAUUCGGCGUUCUAGGGCUGGGAUUGGAAGGGAAGACCCAGCUAAGGAACGGGCGAGAAGAGAGAAAGAUAAAGUGGAGUCGAGGAAGAAAAUGGAGGAAGCAACAUUGGAGGAUUUUGGGGUUCGUCAGAAAUUACAUUGGAAGAGUAAGAGGGUUGUGAUUAACUAUAAUAAGGCGAAGGCGGCGCUUGAUCACUUGGAGAAUCGAGAGCCAGAAAUCGAGCACGAGAAGGACGAGGACGAUGAUGGUGGAGAUGAUGAGGAAGAGGAAGAGGAAGAGGAAGUGAUUACUGAAGAGGAUUUACUAGAGUUAUUGGUAAAGCUCAGAGAAGAACAUUACUAUUGCCUCUUUUGCGGGUGUCAGUAUGAAUCCGCAGAAGCUCUCGCCUCCAACUGCCCUGGACUAAACGAAGAUUACCACUGAAGUGGUUUCUUGACUACGGGAUAAAGCUAAAGGCUGAUUUCGGAAUGAUCAUGGUUUAUCUCUUCUCAGUAUACCUCGGCAACAAAUAUGGUUGUGAAGAUAAAUGCCCGAUUCUAUUCAUUGCGUUUGACUUAACCUCUUUUGAUUCUCGUGGGCGGUGCUUAGAGAAGGUCCAGUCAAUGCCCUUGUAAGAUGCAUCUUAUUGGACACGGCUCAUGCCUCUCCGAUAAGGUCGUAUUGAAGUUAGCAUGGCCAAUGAAGUUACUUUUGAGACGAGACUGAAAUAGCAGGCGGCAAGAGAACAUUCUAUUCUAAAUUUGUUGCAUAUUCUCGUCGGAUUGCUUGUAAAUUGGUUUCUCCGUUUUUCUAAAAUACAUCGGCUUUGUAAGUGUUAUUGUUGUCCGCUGGAUCUAUUCUUCUGUGUAAACCAUAUUACAAAAUAUAUUUAGUCCCUUGUUUAUCGUGAA